AUGUCGGAAAUUCUUGUUGAUAUCUUUCCUUUAGAAGUCAUAGACAAUAUCUUUCUUUUCUUGUCAGAGAAAGCAUUGACAACUUUCUACAAAGAAUUUAUUGAAACGUCAGUUUUAAGGUCAAUUGCAAUUUCCAGAAUUCGUAAAACAAUUAGUGUACAUUCUUUGGAGGAUUUAGUGGAAGCUGCAAAAGUGAAUGCCCCCAUUGGUACAAUGCAUUUGAAUUACGAAGAAGAAUACCUCCCAUUUCUUAAAGAGAAUCCCUCCUUUGUUGCGAGUAUUGCCGACGUCAAACUCGUGGUACGCUGUCACACAGGCUACACGGUACUUGAGGAGAUAUUGUUCCGGAGUAUCUCGCAAUUCACAGUCACAAAUGCAAGAUGUUUCGACCCUUCUCUAGUACUCCGUAACUUAAACCUGAUAGAGGUCUCCUGUGGCAAUGAUCUGAGAAAGUUGGACGGAUGGCCACCUACAUUGUCUCACUUGAAAAUCAGCUCUCACGGAAACUUGACUCUUAUUAACCUUCCAAAAAGCCUCAGAGAACUCAAUUGUGAGUUCCUGGAUUGGGCAAUGGACGUGUUCCCUCCCAAGCUAGUAAAACUAUCCUUUCAUUAUAUUAAAGGGUUUCCUUCGAAUCGAAUGGAAUUUCCGGAAACGCUUAAAGAGUUACUGAUUCGCAAUUGUUCAGUUCCUGAUAUCGAGAAGUUAGUGGCAAGACUUCCCUCAAGGUUGACGAAGUUACAUUUUGAACACCAAAUCGGUAGCAAGCUUUCGUCUUUGAAAUUUCCUGAUUCAAUUGAGGUUCUAAAUCUUUCCUUCUGUGAUAUUGAGAGCCUCGAAGGUUUUAAGUUCCCUUCGUCUCUCGUAAGUCUAAACCUAAACUUUAAUAGGAUCAGAAAGUUGCAAAAUUUGAAGUUUCCAGAAACGUUAAGGGUUCUAAGUUUGGGUAGUAAUACAAUUUGGACGUUAGACUUUUGUGAAUUCCCCAAUCUGCUUCGAGAAUUGUAUGCUGGUAGCAAUCAUUUUAUCAGCAUGGAUAGGGCUAAUUUUCCUGAAUUGGAAGUACUCGAUAUCUCAACCUCUUCCAGGCGGAACAUCAAGAGUAUCAGAAAUGUCAGAUUUCCUUCAACACUUAAAGUGCUCAAUGCCCUGGGACAUGCUAUCAAAGACUGUUGGCGAACUUCUUUUCCUGAAGGCUUGAAAGAAUUGAGGAUAACAGUCAAGGGAAGGCCACAGAGAAUGUCCUUUCCAUCGGAGUUGGAGAUUCUUGCUCUUACACUUCCUAAGUCUCGAAAGUCCAAGUUUGCUCACCUUGCACUUCCUGAAACCCUUCAAAAACUCGAAAUUACAAAUGGGAGAUGCAUUGAAUUCGACUGGAAGCUUCCCCACUUGCAGCAGUUGGUUUUAUACGAUUUCAAAGGUCAUCUUAAGGUACCUCCUACAGUUAGCAGGCUUGAAGUGAGUGUUAUGAGCGGGAAAUGGCUAAAGGGUUUAUCAAUUGCUCACAACUUGGAAAUGCUUGAUGUUAUUUGUGAGGAAGGAUACUUUAAUGAAAACAUAGAUGAUAUAAUUGAGAACCGAGUUUAA